AUGCAGCCGAACGAGACCGUGCAGGAUCUCAAGAAAAAGGUCCAACAGAAGACGCUGAUCCCGGUGGCCAACCAGACGCUCAGCCUGGAUCGGGCCGGCAAGGAGGUGCUCUCCAGCGGGGCCAACACGCUUUCGUCCCUGGGCAUCCGCCACGGGCAGAUGGUCUUCCUCUCCUACACGGGCGAGCGGCCCAUCAACAACGACGAAGAUCCCAAAAAGCUGAGGAAUAUCAAGAAGAAGUGGGACCUCAAGUCUCUGAUGGAGCAUCUGGACAGUCAGGGAUUGGUGUUCAAGGCACAGGAAACGACGCACUGCAAGGUGGCGUCGCUAGACUUUGCCUCGUGCGACAAGUUUCAGCAGUACCCGAGGGAGUUCGCGUUUCUCAAACGGCGCGAGGGCUACCUCUACGGCAAAUACCUGGAGGACGGCAACGUCACCGCCGAGUACAUCUACGAGCCGCCACAAGAGCAGAGCCCGUCGGGGACGAUUCUGCUUGAUGACCCGGCGGAAGAGAAGUUGGUGGACACCAUCGCCAAUGCGCUGGGCGUACAGAAGGUGGGGUGGAUCUUCACGGUGCCGCCCAACGACGAGCGAGACUAUAUCAUGUCUUCGCACGAAGUGGUCCGCGCCGCGCAGCAAAACGCCGAGGCCAUCAAGAAGUAUGGCGACGCUGGCAAGUCGUUCAUAGCUGUCAAGGUCUCAACCGACGAGGAGGGUCAGGUUCACUUCGAGCCGUUCCAGGUGACCGACCAGGCCGUGAAGCUCGUGCAGAACGACCUCCUCAAACCGCCCAAGGACCCCAAGGUGGUGGUGGCCAAGCAGGAGGUGGCCAUGGCCCGCCAGGGCGCAGGCCGCAAGGACUCACCCGAACUCGACCCCGACGUGCUCAUCAAGCCCGUCGCUGUGGUCAACCACGAGGGUCCUCUGUCGUGCGUCUUCGAGAUCGAGAACCGACCGGAGCACCCGCAGAACAUGGCCGCGCUCAAGCGGCACCUGCUGCAGUUCAAGGGCAAGCCCUUCCUGCUGGCCGUCACCGACUUUCACUUCAUCCGCUACCUGGGCAAGGAGUUCCUCUCGCCAGAGACCGACAUCCCCGCCCUGUGCGAGGCCGUAAAGACGGGCGACAGCGACGCCCUCGAGGGAUUCAAGCUCCUCAUCGACUCGAUCGCCGGCUUCUGA